AUGAAUUCUCAACUCACGUCCUUUCCCUUAUCAAACAGCUCAAACACAUCGACGAAUGCAAAACCAAUCAUGACCACAGGUGGAGCUAAUCUCUCAUCAGCAUCGUCAUCGUCGUCUUCAUACACCUCAUCGAAUCAUGCAUCACCUCCCUUGCUCAUGCGUCAACAAGGUUCCUCUGCCUCCUCACCAUCGCCAAAUCCGAUCUAUUCUUCCCACCAACAUCAACCACUGCUCCAGCAUCACAAUGAAUAUAUGGGCCCAUCAAAGCCAUCACUUCACUUUGUGGGAGGUUAUCAACAACGAUAUCCAGCUUACAUGGAUUGCAAGGAGGGAUGGCGAUUGAAUGAUCCAAAAACCAAACAUCCACAUUCCACCACUCACAAUUGCAGUAUCAAAGAUCACAUCAUCAUUCAUGGAAAUGACUUUGAGAAUUGCAAAUGCUUUUUGAAACUGCGAGACAAUGAAGAAGGAAAAGUGGUUUCAGAGUCCUUCUUCUCAUACGAUCAUCAUAAUCAUAGAUAUUUUGUCGAAUUUCCAGUAGUUUCAAAGAUCAACAACAUGAAAGGAAAUACCAGCAGUAGAGUCGUGUACAUUGACAUCUAUGACUCGAAGAACAAAUUAAUCUGUGUGUCAGAUGCUUUCUGGGUUCGAUCAAGAAGUCGAAGUCAAAUGAUGCUCGAUUUGGCCAAACGAAAAAGAGAACAAACACAUCAAGUGGCUGGACCCAACAUUGUCAUGCAUCGACAAGCCAAUGCCUUCUCCACUCCAACCUCGACCACUCCAUACAGCAAUACGAGUCCACGUUCGAAUUCAACACUUGAAGAGGAAGAUCGUGACUCUUUGACAUCAGCAGAAAAACAACAAAUAGGGUCUGCAAUGAUGAUGGUUGACUUUUCCAACCAAAGUGAUGGAAAAGGAACAACAGGAACCUCCAAAACUCCAGCAUCCUCCAUUUCAUACACACUCAUGGGAGAGGAAGGAAUUGGAGGAGGUCACUCACCUUCCAUGAUGACAAUGGUGCCUUACACUACUGGAGCAACCCCAAACAGCAGCAAUGCUUCCUCUUAUCCUUUGACUUCUCAAGCUUCUUAUUCGCCACAAACGAGUUCUUCGCCACAAACGGAUCCAUUGUCGUCAUUGGCCAAUGUGGCUUCAAGCAUUGCAGGAGCUGCACCCUUAACACCUACAGAACAUCAUGUUGUACCCAGUAGUAGUAGUAGUGCUACCAGCACUAUGACAACCUCUCAAAAACAAAUGCUUCCUAGUAUUGAUGCACUGACGUUGGGAUCCGAUGACGAAGCAAGUACGACGAAUCCUCUCGUGGAGGAUCACUCGUCAUCUGCCAUUCAUUUGCCACAUAUUGACUCUUUCAUUAAGAAGAGAAAGUUUGAAGAUAGAUAUCGUUUAGAAGAAAUAUAUCAUCAGCUUGAAAGAAAUAAGGAAGAUAUUUCAAAAUUGAGUAGAAUGAUUGAAGAUCAAAAUAGAAUCAUUCAAGAUUUAAGUAUGAAAAUAACAAAUAUGGAGGCUCAAAGUAAAAAACCAAAAUUUAAUUAA